AGGCAGGUGAAUUGCUGCUCCUCCUUUCUCUCAGUGUGAAGCGAAGACACUCACCGGAGCGGCGAAAUGAGACCUGGUGGGAUUAAAUUAGCACUUCUCCUCCUGUUGGCCGGCAGCACGGCUCUGUGUUACCUGUUCUCUAUGAAGUUCUCCAUCAAAAGCGAAGUCCCCAUCCACUCGGAGAGGCCGCAGAGGCCACUCAAGAAUGACUCCAUCAGGAGUUGGGGGAUGCUCGAGAGGAUGGAGAGGAUGGAGGCAGACAUCAACAGGCUGUUGACCCUGGUGAGUAAAUUUGAAGAGAGCAAACCGGUGGCAGAGAAGACAACACAGGUGAAGAUGGAGAAGAAGGGGUCGGUGAGGAAACUUUACCCCAACUCGCCUCUGUUCAAAAAGUGGGGUGACGAGCUGUCGGAGGAGGAGCAGAAGGAGGCUGAGGAGUUGUUUCAGAGUUACGGCUACAACGCCUUCCUCAGUGACCGGCUGCAACCCAACAGACCAAUCCCGGACACCAGACCCAAAGGGUGUACUGAGAAAAAAUACCCAGAGGAUCUUCCCAGCGUCAGUGUUAUCUUAAUCUACCUGAACGAGGCUCUCUCCAUCAUUAAAAGGGCGAUCCGCAGCAUCAUAGACAAGACACCAGCUCGGCUGCUAAAAGAAAUCAUACUGGUGGACGAUCACAGCAGCAACGAGGAUUUAAUGGGCAAACUGGAUGAAUACAUCAUCUCCAUCCAUGAGGUACGUCCAGGCCUGGUGAAGAGAGUCCGGCAUUCACAGCAGCUCGGACUCACCCAGGCAAGACUGUCUGGGUGGGAGGCUGCUGUCGGGGACGUGGUGGCCAUCUUGGAUGCUCACAUUGAAGUCCAUGUGCAGUGGGUAGAGCCACUGUUAGCUCGCAUUAAGGAGGAUCGAACUGUCAUACUGACACCAGUGUUUGACAAUGUCCAAUUUGAUGACUUGAUACUGAGUCUAUACGGAACAUCUGCACAGGGCUUUGACUGGGCUCUGUGGUGCCUGUAUGAAUCCUUCAGACCUGAGUGGUACGCUCUGAACGACGAGUCACAACCUGGAAAGAGCCCCUCUAUCAUGGGGAUGCUUGUAGCUGAUCGCAAGUUCUUUGGAGAAAUCGGGAGCCUCGAUGGUGGAAUGAAAAUAUACGGUGGGGAAAAUGUGGAGCUGGGCAUCCGGGUGUGGCUCUGUGGUGGAAGCAUCGAAGUUAUACCUUGCUCUAAAAUCGCUCACAUUGAACGGUAUCACAAGCCUUACCUUCCUGACUUAAGUUCAAUGGUAAAACGAAAUGCACUGAGGGUUGCGGAGGUGUGGAUGGAUGAUUAUAAAAAUAAUGUAAACCUUUUCUGGAACCUUCCCCUUGAGAACCAUGGGAUAGAUAUUGGGGAUGUGUCAGAGAGGAAAAAGCUGAGAGAGAAACUGAAUUGCAAGCCCUUUAAAUGGUAUCUGGAUCAUGUUUACCCCAUGUUGGAUAAUUUCAGUGACGUGCUAGCUUAUGGAGUGCUAAAAAAUGAAUUGAAGCCAGAUCUCUGUGUCGACCAAGGUCAGAUGCCAGGAAACAAACCCAUUUUUUACUCAUGCAAUUACGCCUCCCCUCAGCUCUGUUGCUAUCGUGCUGAUGGAAAAGUCUUCAUUGGUGAACUCAAAUCUCACACGUACGAUAGCAACCGCUGUCUGGUGGAUCCAUCCAACGGCCUCUACCCGGGACUAUAUGAGUGCGAAACAGCUCGGGUGGAGAAUUUCAACAUGCUGUGGGACUUCAAACAGGGUGGACAAAUCCGGAACAGAAAAACAAACAGAUGUAUUGAAGCUGCGAUAGAUGAAGACGGCUUGUACAAACUUGUUGUUCAGAACUGCACUGGUCAGAGCUGGACCAUACAACACCUAGUCACAGAAACCUGGAAGGUUGGAGGGCAGAAAGACCAGAAAAGUCCUGAGCCAAAGAUCAACAAUGACUCCUUGUCUUAGGGACGGUUUCAGUAUUCUGCUCUGGACGACUUGAGACUUAUAGGAGAGACAUUGUGCGCUGGAUCCCUGCAAUUACAUUUUUUAUUUUUAACUUGAUUUUUUUUGAUGAAUGUUACCAAUGUUGUGGCGUUCUGUAAUGAUUAUAGUUUUUGUUCUGAAUUCAAAAAGUCCUUCAUGAAUACUCAGAUGAAGGUUCAGGAUUUGUCUGUAAUUCAUCAGGAGGUUCAACUCGUUGUUCUAUUGUCCUCAUCAGUAUAUCCUCUCCAACGAUGUCAUUUGUUUUUAACUCUCUCGUGCAUGUUUCUCCAAGGAUCCAGUGAAGAGUUCAAAUAAAGUCUGCCGGUUGCCUCUA